AUGUCGCGGUACGACGUUCUCAAUGAACCCACCGCCGGGGAAAUUGCCGAAAAUUACAAAAAUGUUUUGGGACGUAUGGAUGCCGCCUCCGGAGGACGCCCGGUAACUCUUGUUGCCGUGAGCAAAACAAAAUCCCCAGCGUGCGUACAAGCGCUGUACGAUUGCGGGCACCGGUGUUUUGGGGAAAACUACGUCCAGGAGUUGGUUGAAAAGGCGGGUGUAUUACCGAAGGACAUCCAAUGGCACUUCAUUGGCCACUUGCAGAGCAACAAAGUGAAAGAGCUACUGGAGGGGGUAGAUGGCUUGUACCUCGUGCAGACUGUGGACAGUGAAAAGCUCGCAACCAAGCUGAACAAUGGCUGUGUGACGUAUCGUGGAGGUCGUUCCUUAAAUGUCUACAUCCAAGUCAACACGAGCGGUGAGGAGUCAAAAAGCGGUACAGAGCCGGGGAAUCAGACAGUGGAGCUCGCGCAAUACAUACAAGAGCACUGCAAGCAUCUCAAUGUGGCAGGUGUCAUGACAAUUGGCAUGCCUGACUACACUAGCCGCCCAGAAAAUUUUGAGUGUCUGCUGCAGGUUCGUGAGGCUGUUGCGAGAGCUCUUUCUGUGCCUGCCGAUUCUCUUGCGCUUUCAAUGGGGAUGACUGGUGAUUUUGAGAAUGCGGUAAAAAUGGGUUCGACGAUAGUGCGAGUUGGGACCGCUCUUUUCGGUAAGCGUUACUGCCCACCAAAGUCGCCGCGGAAGGGAACGACAGAUUAG